AUGCUCUCCAGUAAACUCAUAUUUUUGUUGUUACUAAGCCAAUAUGGCGAAUGCGGAAUUCUUUAUCCCAGAGAAUCCGCGUCCAGGGAAAAAGUAUCUCUCGAUGGAUUGUGGCAUUUUUCUCUAUCCACAAACGGAUCUAACCCGAAAGACGGCCUAACAGGGAACGUUGAUGACCAUGAUAUAUCCCUAAUGCCUGUCCCGUCCAGUUUCAACGAUAUCCCAACAACUUUAGAAGCCAGAGAUCAUUUGGGUCCCGUGUUGUAUGAACGAACAUUUCGGGUACCGAGCAGAUGGAAAUCGUCGAGGAUUUGGCUGCGUUUCGGCUCCGUCUGUUAUUCAGCCAAAGUCUACAUCAACGGCGAAUUAGCCGCGUCGCAUGAAAUCGGCCAUUUGCCUUUUGCCGCAGAAAUUACAUCGUUUCUAACAGACGAGGAAAAUACCGUGCGUGUUAUAGUCGAUACUACUCUAAAUCAAACAACAAUUCCUCAGGGAUCCAUUGAUACACUUCCUGGAGGAAGAAAACAACUCACAUAUACAUUCGACUUUUAUAAUUACGGUGGAAUUGAUAGGCCCGUUUUUUUAUAUACCACCCCAAUAUUGUAUAUAGAUGAUAUUGAUAUUUACACAACUGUAUCAGGAACCACGGGUGUUGUAAAUUACAAUGUACAGGUAUCAGGAGCUGCAGAUUCCAAAGCGGAAAUCAAUUACAAAAUACACAUCAUGGAUAAAAAUAAAAAAGUUAUUGUCUCAAGUGACUCGAAACAAGCCGAACUCAAAAUUCCUAACGCCAACCUUUGGUGGCCUUACUUGAUGAGCGACAAUCCGGGCUACUUAUACACCUUAAGAGUUCAAUUGGAAGAUUCCUCUCAUAAAUUAAUAGACUCGUACGAUCACCCAUUCGGCAUCAGGCAAAUAGAAUACAACAAUAAAAGCGUUACAAUCAACGGAAAACCCAUUUAUAUAAGAGGUUUCGGCAGGCACGAAGAUUCAGACAUCAGAGGCAAAGGAUUGGACCUCCCUCUAAUCAUUAGAGACCACAACUUAAUCAAAUGGAUAGGAGCCAACGCUUACAGGACGUCUCAUUACCCUUACGCCGAGGAAAUCAUGGAUCUAGCGGACAGUUUGGGUAUAAUGAUCAUCGACGAGGUCCCUGCUGUAAACACAGAAAAUUUCAGCAACGAUCUACUGGAGAAUCACAAACGAUCCUUGACCCAGUUGUACAGCAGGGACAAAAACCGGCCCGCCGUUGUUAUGUGGUCCAUAGCAAACGAGCCCAGGACGCAACUGGCAGCAUCUGAGGAUUAUUACAGGCACGUUUCGGCCCACAUCAAAUCUUACGAUGUCAGCCGACCCAUUACCAUCGCCAAUAUGUACGAAUACGACGUGGAUCAUUCGGGGCAAUUUUUGGAUGUACUGGGUGUAAACAAAUACGCUGCUUGGUACCAGAACACAGGAGAUUUGGACACAAUUAACCCUACAGUUACGACACUAGCGCGAGGGUGGCACAACAAGCACAAUAAACCCGUUUUAUUUACCGAAUACGGUGCGGACACUUUGGAGGGUUAUCAUAUUUUGCCCGAUUUCGUGUGGUCAGAGGAGUUCCAAGUAAAAUUGAUGGCGGAGCAUUUCAAAGCGUUCGAUGAAUUGAGGGCCGAGGGGUGGUUUAUUGGGGAAAUGAUUUGGAAUUUUGCCGAUUUUAAAACAGCAAACGAUGUAAAGCGAGUGGGUGGCAAUAAGAAGGGUGUAUUUACCAGGCAACGGCAGCCAAAGAAUAGCGCCCAUUUUUUGAGAAAGCGUUAUUGGAAUUUGGCUCAUAAACUCAAUAAUAUUAGCUUACCGAGGGAUUUAGAUGAAUAUGUAAUAAGCUAA